UUCACCGCUGCCCUUCCUCCCUCGGAACCCAAGCGCUGCGGUGGCGGUGCCCGGCCGGAAGGCUGCACACCGACAUGGCGGCGGGCCGGGGCGGGUUGCGGCUCGGCGCUGCCUGGAAGGCGGUGCUGGCGAGAAGACCGGAAGGCAUCGUGCCCGCGCCAUGGGCUCGGCACAAGUUCACCAAAUCGAGAAUUCCCGAGUCGGUGUUUCAGCCACGGCCUGGAGAUCAUGAGAAGUAUGGAGGUGACCCCGAGCAGCCCCACAAAGUUCAUAUUGUUACUAGGAUCAAAAGUGUAAUCGGCCGCCCAUAUUGGGAGAAGAAGAUCAUACAUGAUCUUGGACUGGAUAAGGCACAUCAACCAAGACUGCACAAAAAUAUCCCUUCUGUGAAUUCCAGACUGAAAGUUGUUAAACAUCUGAUAAGAAUACAGCCGUUGAAACUACCAUAUGGGUUGCCAACAGAAGAGGAAAUGGCAGACACCUUUCUUACAAGCAAGGGAGAGCUUAUCAUUAAACAGCGUCUGAAACCCGUGGAGCAGGAAGAAAUUAAGUCAUGAGGAGAUGUGCUCCAGCCCUACAAUCAUCUUUGUGUCCCUCCUCUGGACCUGCUCUAACACUUCCGCAUCCUUCUUGUGCUAGAGGCCCCAGACUGGGGGUAGAAGAAGGGGCUCAUGAUUGGAGAGCAGAGGGGAACAGUCACCUCCUCACCCUGAUGGCCAGCUUUCUUUUGAUUUCACUUUUUUCACUUUUUUUUUUUUGUAGUCUUUAUGAAGGUUAAUGCUUUUCACCUGCUAACAGAGAUCUGGAAACCCUGAAGCGUAUUUGUUUGAUGCAAGUUAGCAGUUAAGAGCUCCAAGCAUAAAAAAUAAGACCUUUCACUGGAGUGUCUUGGAUAGUACUGUGUGCAAUGAUUUAAAGACUGCUUUUAUUUACUAUUUAAGAAUUGUGGCUAAAAUUAGGAAGCUGCUGCUAUAUCAAGUGAUAAAGUAGUUUUCAUUCCAGCAAGCAUAAAUUCCAUCGUUUAUUGUGCUGUGAGCCUCUCCCACACUAGAGACAUUGUAGAGGAGCUAAUCUUAAUUACUGUAUGUUGUGGAAAGAUCAGAGGGAUACAGUGGCUGAAAAUGAAUGUUUAUCCUUUCUGCAUGCUUGCAAGGAAGAGUAAAAGCCUGUAGAAGUUCUAAGGAGUAUACAUUAUCAGUAGAAGGACAUAACAGCUAGAUAUGCUGUGUGCAGAAAAAAGGCAAAGGAUAGGAUAUAGUAGUACAUUAAAGGGUGAGAUGGCCCCUGAAGACAGGCCAAAGACAGAUGUGGGUUGAGUUGAAAAACCUCAGUUUCUCAAAAAACUACAGGCUGCAAUCAGGACACAGAAAAGACUGAAGGAUAUAGAGUAGCAAGGGAAAAAAUGAGACAGAUAAAUUGUGUGUUGUUUUUUUUUGUUCUCUGUCCUUCAUUUCAGUGUCUGCACAACAUCUUGUGCUGUAGUGUAACUGCAGUUUGUAUGGUGGUUUCUGCAUUCCCACAGGGAGGUGCUUGGUAAAGGUGAAGUUUCAGCCCUUAUGAAGGACAUGUUGUUCAUCUGCCUUGUUGCUGAGGGACAGCAGAUACAAGGCCUGCUCUAGGAAUAGUAGCCUAAACUGACAAAGCCAGGGAUUCUAAAGUCUUAGCAAGUGUGUUUGGGAUGUGUCUGCAGCAGUGCAGCCUGGUGAAUCUCCAACAGAGGGUGCACUGCCAGUUUUGUUUUACACAACAUAUACAAAUACAGGAUCUCUCUCUGUUACUAUACAGAUCUCUCAAUUCACUGUACAGACACUGCAACCUUCAGAAGUACUGAAAUGUAAACUGAAAAAGAUGUAUUAAUGACCAGGCUAGCUUAGUACUGUGCACAGCUUAUGUAUUUGAUAAACUGCCUGUGAUAGAGCAGAGCUAGUCCCUGCUUCCCAAGUGCAGAAAAUGGAAAACAUUUGGGACAGUUCCUAUUCUUUAUGGGUAAGGAUUAGCUACAAGAAAUGUAUGCCAUUGACAGACUGUCAGUUUUCAUGAGAAAAGAAAUUACAUUUUCUUAACAUUUUUAACAUAUGUGUCAGUUUGGUUGUUUCUGAAAUACUAUCUGCUCUAAGGUCGCAACAGCUUGCAGUGAGAAUUUCUCAGAUUUUCUGUGUGUAAACAUAAGUUCUCUAAAGAUUUAUCCUCAGGUGUAAAACUUGAGCCGAACAAAGUGCAAAAAGCUACUGUGUGUUAACAUAGUCCCCAUGUAAAUCCUCCUGAAGCACAGGUAAGAGAUACAGGCUUUUUGCAUAGGGAACAAAGAAGCUGACAUAAGAUGGGAGAAUAAUUCAGGUUGGAAGGUACCUUGCAGGUCUUUGGUCCAAUAUCCUGCUCUACAGCUCAGCUAUGCUCAUGGGGGAAAGAUGCAGAUGCAGAAUACAGUCUUACCCUGUGUGAGCUUCUCUUUCAGCUCAUGCCUGUUGUCAUUUAUCCUCCCACCUUCCACCGCUGUGAGGAGCUUGGCUCCAUCCCCUCCAUUAUCCCUCCCAGAUACGAGGCAUUCCCUCCCAAAGCUGUCCUGCCUCAUGAGACAAGUCCUCCAGCCCCACGCACCCUGGGGGCUCUCUGCUGCCAACCUCACUCUACUUCAUUUGUCUUCCCUUUGCCCAAAACAGCUCUGUUCUAGAAAUGAACUGGAGAGUGCUCAGCAGAUGCAAGUAAUCUCUUCCUUCAGCGGAGCUGCGCUUUUGUUCAUACAGUCCAGGGUGUCUUCAGCCUCCUUGGCUACUUGGGCACAUUGCUAGCUUGUGUUAGGCUUGCUUGUUGGACAGGAUUGAUUCGCUAUGUCUGCUUGCCAUAGAACUUGAAAUAUAUUAAAAUGAAUCAAACAAAUCUUUGGUGCAAUGUCUGGUACCAAUAUAGAAACAUACAUAUGUAGAAAUGCACUAUUUUAAGAAGAUUUUUGAAAAUUCUUUUGCUGAGGAUAUUUUAAAUGACAAAUAUGAAAGAUCUGUAAUAGAACUAUAAAAAUGCAUGGUUGAAAAACCCCCACAGUAUUCAUUAUCUUUUGUAGCUCCUAGUGAUACACUUGCUGCU